AUGAACACAAAGUCAUUCAGUGCUAUUUUUACCGUACUACAUGCGUUUAUCAUUGGUGUUUUGGUUGUGACGUUUUUUGAAACAGUGAAACAAGAUGAAUCCGUAAUUGAUGGACCAGCAAGGGUUUUUGGAUGCAUAACAGUUGGUGCAAUAGCUGCGUUGUUAGCUUACAUGACAAGGUUUAUUUAUGAGUUGAUUGUGUUGCAACAGUCACACUAUAGGUUGGUGUUGACACUCAAUGGCCAAUCUUCGUAUGAGACGUUCUAUCAGCCUAUACUCGAAGAAGUUGUUAAAAUUGCCGUAGUUACAUUGUUCCAACAAACCAAAUGUCACCGGGCUCUAAAUCCAUUCGAAAUGUCCUUGAUGUGGUGCGGAUUCAUUCUUCCUUCUAUGGCAAUAUAUUCUUAUAAUCCUCGUGGAUACGCUCAAAAGUAUGCAAAAUUUUUAGCCUAUUAUCAAUCUUGGCUCAUUCAAUUGCGUGGUGAAGUUCCCAGAUCGUCAGAAGAAACACGUCGCUUUUCCAAGGUAUGGAGCAAUUUGGUCUGUGAGAAUAUGGAGCUGCAAAUGCAUGACAAAGAACGUCGCCGGUCAACAAUUUCUUCAGACAAAUCACACCGUAGUGGCCACCGACUAAACGCAAAGAUAAGUUCGAAAAUGCUUCCGAAUGAGUUCAAUUUGAGAGAUGGUGUGGGUAGGAAUAAUUCGAGCUCAACAGCCGCACAUGGCAUCGAUAUCCCUUGUCCUGUUGAAGAAGGGAUUGUUUCUGGUGAUGAAUUACACUCCAAAACAAUUCAAAGAAUGUAUUCCGUUUCGCCGAAAGACACUUACCAUUUGAUCCAGGCUGUCGCAAUAGCUACUUUUGGUGAUGAUGAAGAGGACGAUGAACGGGAAGAGCCGACUGUAUGCACUGACGAAACGGGUGCAUGCCCCAACUCAUCAAGAUUUCUUCCGGAAGUUGAGGAGGUUUUUGAAAACAUCGACGACUCAUUUGACGAAGGGCAGAGUUUAGUUGAGGAAAAUCAUGCACAUUAUAAACAACCCAUGUUGGGCGCGCACUUCCAGAGUGCAGUGCUUGAUUGUUGUGUGCCGAACAACUCAAAUGGCAGAGGGGUACCUGAGACUUCAUUCGAUACGCCAAGGCGCCUUUAUGAAGUAAGUCUGAAGCAUGAUGCUAUUCUGUUUAAACAAAGAACGUUAAAAUUUAUCAACUGGUGGUCUUGGUUGUGCACCGUGUUACUACCCAUAGGUGAAACCGCCCCCCGUUUAAGAAGUUCCACCUCGUCAUAUCUUACACCCUUAAUUUCCAACACUCAGUUUGUGGAUGAAAGGUUCCCAUUACUCAAACUGAAGCUUUCAAACUAUAAUAUGAAUGGGGGUAGAGUACAAGAAGAUGAAUAUGAACGAGAGCAAUAUAUGAUUAAAGACAAGUCUGUUGCUAGAGCUUACGACUUUAAAGUUUUCUUGUCGUAUUAUUUUGAUAUAUCAUUGAGUCCGCUUGCGCAGCCAUUUGCGCUCGAUAAAUGGUUUAUGAAAUACGGCCAGUUACUUACAGAUACCAGUUUCAUUUGGAUUUUUCUAGACGAGUUAAAUUCAAUGGUAUGGCAAAUGUUUGUUUUUCAAAUGAUUGCUCUUUUCUUGAACGAUCUUCUGUUUGGCAAUAUGGCCGCUUUCGUUUUGCCCGUCGUGAUUAUCAAGCUAUUUCGAAUGAAUUAUUUACGAAGUUAUGAGAAGAGAUUUGAUUUUAGGAUCAUCAUCACCACUGAGUUCAUCACAUGCACGGUUCUAUAUUGCGGCCUGCUUUUGUAUAUAAUAAAUAAAUAA